CCGGUUCCAGUAUGAUCAGGGUUCUGGAAGAGUAGUAGGAGAUAUCUACGCCGCUGGCCGGGCUUUACCAUUUGCCGGUGGCGAACUAACGUUCUCUCACUUCCGUGUGGGGGGUUUAAAUCCCGAAGGGCCGGAAGCCCGGAAAAGCUGAAACAGAAAACCUUGGGAACUGUCUCUGUGCCUCCCCGGCGUCGAAGAAAAAACAAUGAUGUAUCGCCCGGCUUCUAUGAUUCAAUAUUACAGGCUAUCAUCAUCUUCAUAUCGUCUCUCCUUCUCUCCCUUCAAGUCUUUUUAUUCUUCUCCUCUCUCUUCUUCAUCCUCCUCCUCCUCCUUAUCUUCUUCUCCUUUUUCUACUUCCACUUCUUCUUCAGUGGGGGUCUUGUUUUGGAUAAAACCGUUGAAACACCACCAUAGACGAGCUAGAGCUUUUGGAACAACUGCCGCUGCUGCGGCUAUUGAAGAUGGAAGGCAAGGCGACAGCUUCUAUGCCGAGGAAGGCGUCUCCUGGAAAUCUCUCGGUGUUUCCGACCAGCUCUCACUAGCCCUCUCAAAUGCUGGCCUCCAGAAACCCUCCCUCGUUCAGGCUGCUUGUAUACCAUGUGUGUUAUCAGGAAAGGACGUUGUGGUUGCCGCAGAGACUGGUAGUGGUAAAACACAUGGAUACUUGGUUCCCCUGAUGAAUAAGUUAUGCAGGACAGUUGAUUCUACUGGGGAUAGUGAUGGUGAUCAAAUUUCAAAUCAAAACCAAGAGAUUUCUCUUGUUCUUUGCCCUAAUGUGAUGCUAUGUGAGCAAGUGGUUCGGAUGGCUAACUGUCUUCGUGAUGAUAAUGGUGAGCUGCUUCUGAGAGUUGCAGCUAUCUGUGGACGGCAGGGGUGGCCAGUUGCGCAACCUGAUAUCCUUGUUUCAACACCAGCUGCUCUUCUAAAUUAUCUCUGUGCAAUUGACCCCGAAAAACGCCGCCGUUCUGACUUUCUACGCAGUGUGAAAUAUGUGGUGUUUGAUGAAGCAGAUAUGCUGCUCUGUGGAAGCUUUCAGAAUCAAGUCAUCCGUCUCAUAAACAUGCUCCGGUUCGAUGAAAAGAUUUUGUCUCGGAUUAAAGGUUCUCUACGUAAGAGUCCAGGGGAAUUAAAUACUGAAUCACAAGUGAAUUCUGAAUCAGGAGACCUUGAAAAUUCUGAAUCGGAAGACCUUGAAGAGCUUGAAGACGAGGAAGAUCUGGAUGGUGAAGAUGGUGCUGAGUAUCUGACAUUGGACACUGAAGCUGCACCCAGCCGGGGAAAAGACUGGAGGAGGGUUAGAAAAAUUUAUGAACGCAGUAAGCAGUACAUUUUUGUUGCAGCUACUCUUCCGGUAAAUGGCAAGAAGACUGCUGGUGGAGUUUUGAAACGAAUGUUUCCUGAUGCCAGUUGGGUUAGUGGAAGCUAUCUUCAUUGUCACAACCCCAGAUUAGAGCAGAGGUGGAUUAAAGUUACAGUUGAGACACAGGUGGAUGUGCUUAUAGAUGCAGUGAAACAGGGUUUUAGGUCUGAAGCUUUGGGUUCUGAUGCUGGUGUAAAUCGGACCAUGGUGUUUGCAAAUACAGUUGAUGCUGUUGAAUCCAUAGCUAAGAUAUUGCGUCAAGUUGGAGUUGAAUGCAUUUGUUAUCAUAGCAACAGCUCCUUUGAGGAGCGUACAAAAAAUUUGAAUGAUUUUCUGGAGAGAGGUGGUGUGCUUGUUUGCACUGAUGCUGCUGCACGUGGUAUUGACAUACCGAAUGUUUCUCAUGUUGUUCAGGCAGAAUUUGCAACUUCUGCUGUAGAUUUCUUGCAUAGGAUUGGUCGUACAGCAAGGGCUGGUCUAUCUGGAGUUGUCACGAGCAUGUACACGGAAUCCAACCAGGAUCUUGUUGCAGCAGUGCAGCAAGCAGGGAAACUGGAUCAGCCUGUGGAGAAGGCAUUCAGCAGAAAAAGGAGCUUCCGCAACAAGCUUAAGAAAGACAGAACUAGAGGAGAAGGCGGAAGCUCGACGGAGAAGGAAUUGAUUGAACCAGGCUUGAAGACAGUCAGAGAUGUGCCAAGUGUGGAAGACAAGGUUCUAACAUAAUACUUCUAGGAAUAGGAUUCCUUACUCAUAAUGUUUGAGGUUAAUACUAAACAAAAUUAUCAAUGCCCAUUUGGUGUAUCUGAAGUUUUAAGUUAAAACUUCAACUAGAUUUUGUUUUAUUUUUGCCUGUUGGGUCAUUUAGAUUAUAUUGUGUUACUGUUUAUUAUUUUAUAUUGUCAUUUUUUAUAUAUCAAAACAAUUUGGUACCAUUGCAUUAUAUAAUUGGAUUUAAUUAUCGUUAUCCAAUAUGGGCUGAUACUGUUACGAUACUGAUCUGGUACAGAUGGAUAAUGUAAUGCCCUUGGUUUUUGAUAAAAUUUGGCUUAUAUUU